AUGAGGCCACGUGAUGGCAGCGAGGAGGAAGAGCUGCUCAACAAGCUCUCCCGCUAUUGCCGCUACUGGACGGAUCUGUGGUCCGACGAUUCCAGCGACAUCGCCAAAAGAACUGAGAUUGGUCCCAUGCGGUACACGGAGGAACCGCCCCGGUUCGCGAUGCUCCUAGAUUUACUAGAGGUUUUUUCUUUCGAGGUGACGGAGCUUACAGGUAUUCUACGCUGGCCAAUUGAUGUGUUUGGUCUCAUCUCCGUUCGUGACUCUCUGGAUCGGAACCGCAACUAUAUCUUUGAGCGCACCAGGAACAACUGCCAGACUCUCACUGCAAAGGGUUCAUCUCUGGUUCUCACAGGUCCAAGCCGUGCAAUCCUAUUGAUGGACCCUACUGAAUUUGAAAUUGAGCUAAGAGUCAAGGGGACAAGUCCCUCCGAAGAUAAGAUCUUGAGCGCUGAAGCAUUUGGGUAUAAUGGAACUGCUCAGAGACAUAGAUGUGGCUCACUGCGCAGUAUGAUGUUAUCAGGAGCACGCAGCACAUUGGAGUUCAAUUAUGCACACAUUCCUGUGGCAUUGGAGGCUACAAUCAGUGUCAGGAUUACAGGAGGUUUAACUGGUUUCUGUGGAAAGUUCAUUGCACAUACUGCUAGUAUCAAGGAAGAUGUCAUAUUGCUGGACUCUGGGGAAGAAAUGGUGGCUAUCUCCCAUGAUGGAGCCAUUGAUUUCUGCCGCAGUGUAGUUGCAUUGGAAGGAAAUGGCGGAGUUCUGACUGUUAGUGUUCAUGCAAGGCAGAGUGGUGAUGAGAAUAUCAUAUGUGCUUAUAAACAUUUUAUCCCGGUAAGAUGUGGACGGAAUCAUGACACACUUGAUGUUGGGUUUUGCCAGAUGAGCGUUGAAGUUGCUUGGUUGCUCAUUUUUUAG